UUAAUUAUUAAACUUGGAAUUUCAAUUGGACUCAUUGUUUCUGAUUAAUUAUACAUCUGUGUUAACUUAGAUUCUUAUCUGACUUUGUUUGGUAUCUUGUGUGUAUCUCAUUUAACUUAAUUCUGACUUCAACUAACAACAGCUGAUUGAGUGAAAUUUAUUAAUUUGGUCGCAAAUUUCUAGUGCAAUGUCUUUGCCUCAUUUCACAAGAUCAACAAGGACUUUGUUGAUUAAAUUGCCAAUCAAGUUUAAUUAUUUAUCAUCUAGAUGGACAAGUGAAGUUUCCAAUAUACAAAUUACUCCAAUUCAACGGAUUCUUCUUGCAUUUGGUUCCUCCGCUGUUGCUUUAGUUGAUCCAUUCAGAGAUGAUAUGGUGGCUGUAAGUGGUGAAGUUAUGGGUCAAAGAUCAUUGAAAUUAAUGUUGAAACGAAUGUCAUCAGAUGCCGAAGGCUCCCAAAUAUUGGCUGAUAGAUGCCGAAUCAACUCUAAACAAAUUGAUCUCAAGCAUUUGGAAUCAUUACCGAUUAAUACAUUAGGACAUCAGUAUAUUAAAUUUCUCAAAGAUAAUAAUAUAAGCUGUGAUACCAGAAAGGAAGUUAAAUUCAUCGAUGAUCCUGAUUUGGCUUAUGUGAUGCAACGAUACCGAGAAACUCAUGAUUUGGUUCAUCUCUUACUCCAUAUGCCAACUAAUAUGCUCGGAGAGGUGGUUGUGAAGUGGAUCGAGGCGAUUCAAUAUGAUCUACCGAUGUGCUGGGGAGCCGCAGUGUUUGGGGCUUACCGACUUAAACCUAAACAACGAGCUAAAUAUCUCGAUACACAUUUAGAUUGGGCGAUUAAAGCAGGGAAACAAUCAAAGUAUCUGAUCAAUGUUUACUUUGAGAAACGAUGGACUCAAGAUAUUGAUGAUUUGAGGCAAGAACUAAAUAUUCCACCUCCACCGUCUUAACACAUGGACAUCUCGCUAUUAACUGAUGCCUUAUAAUUUAGUUGAAAAGUAUUGAGAUUAAAAUGGACAAAAUAAGAAAAUAUAAUCAAGAAAAAAAUACUGUCUUCUUUAUAAAACUCAAAGGGUUUCAAUUGGAAAGAUACAAGGAAAAGACAAAGAAAAGUAUAUUAGAUGUAAACCUUUUUUUUGUUUCAUUAAUUAACGUUGAUUUAAUUUAAAAUUCA